ACCCUCCUCUGCCGUCUCUAUUGAAGGGGGAGAAAACAGGGCGAUCUCUGAGAGAGAGAGAGAGAGAUCGAAAAUGGGUGAAGCAUCAAAAACCGUGCAUUCAGCCGUCCUCACUUACACUUCUAUGAUCUCGCUCCUUACUCUAUGCCCUCCAUUUGUAAUUCUAUUAUGGUACACUAUGGUUCAUGCCGAUGGUUCUAUAUUACAAACUUUGGGAUAUCUUAAGCAACAUGGACUGCAAGGUUUCGUUGAUAUCUGGCCAACUCCAUCUCCCACAGCUUGGAAACUGAUUGCUGCUUUUGGUGCAUUUGAAGCUUUUCUUCAACUUGCAUUACCGGGAAAAAGAGUUGAAGGUCCAAUCUCUCCUACAGGACAAAUACCCGUUUAUAAGGCAAAUGGGUUGCAAGCGUAUGCAGUAACACUAAUAACUUAUAUCAGCCUUUGGUGGUUUGGAAUAUUUGAUCCAGCAAUUGUGUAUGACCAUCUGGGAGAAAUUCUGGCUGCACUUACAGUUGGGAGCCUAUUCUUCUGUGUCUUCUUGUACUUAAAAGGUCACAUGGCACCAUCUUCUACUGAUUCUGGAUCAUCUGGCAACCUGAUAAUUGAUUUCUACUGGGGAAUGGAGUUGUAUCCUCGCAUUGGCAAAAACUUUGAUAUUAAGGUUCUCACAAACUGUCGGUUCGGGAUGAUGUCCUGGGCUGUUCUUGCUGUGACGUAUUGCAUCAAACAGUAUGAAAUGAACGGGAGAGUGGCUGAUUCUAUGCUUGUAAAUACUGUACUGAUGCUGGUAUAUAUCACUAAGUUCUUUUGGUGGGAAGCUGGAUACUGGUGCACUAUGGAUAUUGCUCAUGAUAGAGCUGGAUUCUAUAUUUGCUGGGGUUGUUUAGUGUGGGUCCCAUCAGUCUAUACUUCUCCUGGGAUGUAUCUUGUCAACCAUCCUGUACAUCUGGGUAAUGAGCUUGCUCUCUCCAUACUUGUAGCGGGUCUUCUGUGCAUAUAUAUAAACUAUGAUUGUGACAGACAAAGACAAGAAUUUCGUAGAACAAAUGGGAAAUGUCUCAUCUGGGGAAAAGCUCCAUCAAAGAUAGUGGCAUCCUAUACUACCACAAAAGGGGAAACAAAAACCAGCCUUCUUUUGACUUCUGGAUGGUGGGGUUUGGCUCGUCACUUCCACUAUGCACCAGAGAUUGCAGCUGCAUUUUGUUGGAGUGUACCAGCCCUUUUUAACCAUUUCAUUCCCUAUUUCUAUGUUAUGUUUCUGACCAUUCUCCUGGUUGACCGAGCCAAGAGGGAUGAUGAUCGUUGUUCAUCGAAGUACAAAAAGUACUGGAAGAUGUAUUGCGAUAAGGUGCCUUACAGAAUCCUUCCUGGGAUCUACUGAGGUCUUGGUUGGACAUCUUGACGCUCAUCCUAAUAUAUAUAUUGCCUUCGGCCUUAUCCAUCAGUUCCUCUUUUUUGUAAUAAUACAUUUAAUCCUUGCUUUGUCAAUGUCAGCAUGUAUGUUUAAACACGCAUAAUGUAUGAUGUGAGAAUGAAAAAUAAACCAUCUAGAUGAGCUGGAAGUUUGGAUAAAAUUCUUAGAGCCUCUAGGCGAUGUCUUCGAUUGGCAUGCACGUGGAGUUGCAUUAGGUGAAAACAUUCAACAUCGGUUGAUGUUUUUGCUUGAUAUAAGCGUUUACACAAUGAACGUCUAUGGCUUGAUAUUA